UGCUCCGCUGAAAAGCAACCUUGUGGUUGUUUUUGUUUUUGUAUUACUGUAUCCAUUGUAGGAAAUAAAGUAUUUAGCAUGGACACUUCGUUUCCCUUUAUUUAUUGAUUUCGAUUUCGUUGCUCGACGGUUAUUCUUCCGAUCGUUUGAUAAAUUUCACCACGUACACGUUCGUCACGUCGUGACGCGAACGGUCGUUUAUAUUUCUCGUCUGACCUUGAUCGUGAUCGGAUGACGUAAUUCUAAUUUUUGGGGAACGUAGAUCCUAGCGACUCCGUGCACCUCCGCUUGUUUGGUUAUGUUAUGUUGAUUCCUCCCGAGGUAUUCGACGUGAUUCGCUAACAAAAAACAGCGGGAAGGUGUGUCGAUAGCGUGGCAUAAAGUUGUUUCAAUUUUCUCAUGGGCUUUAUCGACGAUGAAUUGCAAGAAGUGUCAAAACUCUGUCAAAAUGUUGUCGAAGGUAGUCGCCUCGUCUCCUGUGUGCACACAAUGGUGCGAGUGGAAAUAGCGAAAACAAAGUUCAAGACGAUCGUUGCGUGCAUCCAGUUCUCGAAGGACUAUCCUGACAAUCCGCUGUUGGUCGAGCUGAAGAGCAAAACUCUGUCGUCGAAGCUGCUCGACGGAUUAACAGAAGUUUGCGAGAAGGAAUGCAAGAAACUCUUGGGGAAAGCACAGGUGCUUCCCAUGCUGAAGCUGAUCCGUAAUUUCAUAGACGAGAAUCCACUGAUCUGUUGCUACGAUGAAAUCUCUACCCUAAAAAAAACCCUGGAGAGUGACGACGAACUAAAGUUGAGACAGAAGCAUUCUUGCAUCUACUUGAAGAUUCAGCAAGGAUUGUACUAUCUCAAGGCCAAGAUUGAAAUACCAGACGAUUAUCCAGUCGAUUGUGUGAAAUUGGAAGAUGCUGACACGAAUUUCCCUCCACUGUUUACCCGAUAUUUCUUGGGCCAAGGUCGAGAGUUAGGCAGGCAGUGCGUGGAGCCACCGUUGAACAAACAGUCGCAGAAAACUCCAUUUGCACCGUCACCUUCGUUGAACAUUGUUGCCUCCUUUCUUAUAAGGUCUGUGAAGAAAUUGCCACAAGAGCAUUGUCAGUCUUGCAAACAGAAAUGUUUGCCAACAAAUCCAGAGGAAGCAGAAACCAACGAGAAUGCGAACAUGCAUAUAGAGAGAUUGUACUGUGGUCACUUGUUCCACUUGCAUUGUCUUGUGACAUUCAUGAAGACUCCUCCAUUCCAUGGGGGUAAGAAAUGUCCAACUUGUGGAAAGCGCAUUUACCAUGACAAGUGGGCAAUAAGCGACAAGCUUGCGGAGGAUCGUUGGGCCCACCAGCAAGCCAGAGCAAGGGAGUUAGCAGAAGUAGCUGAUUUCUUUAAUUGAAACAUGUUUCAAUUGAACUUAAUCACAGAAACUGGCACAAGUUCUGCCACAAACGCGAUUGCCCCUGAGAGGUCGAGCAAGGAGUAAUUACAAUGAAUAAAUUAAAAAAAAAAAGAAAUUACUUGUAAUACAGUAUGUUGCAACAUUCGAAAAUGAAUGUUCAUAGGCCAGUCAGAGAGAAGGUAUUUUUAAUACCAUAAAGUAUAUUAUAUCGAUUAUAUUUAUAUCAUGUUUCAAUGGAUUAUGAACAGGAUUGCUUGAUUCGUGGUGCUAAUAUAAAACAGUUUAUAUUCGUCGUUUGAUUCACCUGUCCGAAAUCGAUUUUUCGAGCUAAUAAUACUAAUAACAACAAUACCGCAUAUUAUAUUCAUUUCUAUUGUAAGCAUUGAUUCGAUUGAUUUGUCGAACUUGCGUAAUACGGUAACUAAGUUUUUAUAGCGUUGUACAAUCGGAGCAACUUCGCGAAAGAAACAUAAGCGUACACGAUAAGUUUUUGUAUCUGAAUUUGUACCUCGAAGUACUUCUACGAUUUCUUUUAUAUUCUAUAUAUCUAUAUAUACAAGAUAAGGUGUGGUUUGAAAAUCAAUGUUGGAUCGCAGUUAAAAAAUAAAAAUAACUGAUAAUUCAUGCAUAUUUAUCUCGAAUGUCGAGGGACUCACCGGUACGUUUAGGUGUCCUCGGACCGUUAGGAUCAAGUCGACAUUGGAUUCGUCUUUAUUCUUCGUUGAACAACAAUUGUUGAGUCGCGUCUUUUGAUGCAUCUCAUAGAGGAGUAUUUUCCGAAGCUGCCCAGUCUGUCGCAACGCUAAAUUCAUGAUUUCUUUCUUCAAUUAAAACACUAAUCACUUGGGGAACUUGUAUCCUCUUCUGCCUGGAGUAGCCCGCGAAAUGUUGUGCGUGAUCGAUCAGUCGACCGCAGCGCCGCGCGCGGGAAACUUCAAAAACGCUCGAAGCGCCCGAAAAACGUUAAAUUCGUAAUAUCUCGUCGUUGGCGACAAAAUCAUGGAUAACUAUCGGGCGACUGGGCAACUUUAACCGUACGAUCAUUAACGAAUUCAUUUAUACAAAGAACCUCAUUGGAGAACAAUGUUCUUAACAAAUAUUUGUUACACUUUAACAUUGUUGUGCGGAAUGUACUUACGACUUUCUUUGUAACAAUAAAUAUAUUUGAUGGAGACAA